GUGAGCGUUUGCUUGAAAAAUACGGACAUCAGUCAGGUUAUUAAAAAGUAAACGCCUGACUUACCAGAAAUGUGCACAUUUGAUAAGGACAAAGGGCCAGGGAGGUUGAUGAAAAAGGGGUUAACACUCAUCCUUGUCGGCCAUGUUAACUUCAUCCUUGGAGCUAUUGUCCAUGGCAAUGUCCUCCGCCACAUUUCCAAACCCGGCCAACGUGUCAGCACAGAAUACACUGUAACCAAUGUCAUCUCUGUCACAUCUGGCCUCCUGAGCAUUGCCACUGGGAUUAUUGCCAUCGUGGUGUCAAGGAACCUUCAUGUGCUUAAACUGCAAAUAGGACUUAUAAUCGCAUCAUUCUUGAACGCCCUGCUGUCAGCAGCAUGCUGCACUGGACUCCUCUUGGCCAUCAGUCUCACUGUUGCAUACGACGGGCAGCCUUUGAUGCUGGGAUGCAAUGAUACACAAGUGCCAAUCAAUGCUCGGUCACCUAUCAGUGCCCGAUGCCCGUUUGAUACGACACGUAUCUAUGACACCACUCUGGCGCUGUGGAUCCCUUGUGCUCUGUUAGCAGCAGCUGAGGUUGCCCUCUCUGUUUGGUGCUUCAUUGUGGGAUUGGCUCUCAGAGGGCUGCCACCUUGUGGGAACAGCUACAUCAAAGAGCAGUUGGAGGAAGGGCGCUCUCCCCACAGCCGACGCCUCAUUGGACGGCGCUCAAAUCUUGAUGCCUAA